AUGUCCAAACCCCUCGUCUCCCACAUCUACACAGCCGACCCCUCCGCCCACGUCUUCAACAACAAACUCUACAUCUACCCCAGCCACGACCGCGAAACCGACAUCGCCUUCAACGACAAUGGCGACCAAUACGACAUGGCCGACUACCACGUCCUCUCAAUGGACAAAAUCGACGGCCCCGUAACCGACCACGGCAUUGCACUGCGCGACAAGGACGUCCCCUGGGUCUCCAAGCAGAUGUGGGCGCCCGACGCCGCAACCAAGAACGGGAAAUUCUACCUCUUCUUCCCGGCGCGUGACCACUCGGGCAUUUUCCGCAUUGGCGUAGCCGUCUCCGAUAAGCCUGAAGGUCCCUUCACGCCAGAGGAGAACUAUAUCCAAGGUUCUUACAGCAUUGAUCCUGCUGUCUUUGUUGAUGAGCAGGCCGGCGGCGAGGCUUACCUUGCUGGGUUGAGGGGGGAGGAUGUUGAUGGGAAGGGGGUUGAUGCUGAUGAGAGUGGGCCGGAUGGGAAGAAGAAGAGACUUGUUUUUGAUGAGUCGAAGUCUGGGCCUCAGGAACCUUCUGGUGAGGGUGUGCCGGCGCUGUGUCCGCGUGUUGCGCAGUUGUCGGAUGAUAUGUUGAGUUUGCAGACUUCGGUUAAGGAGGUGAAGAUUCUGGCGCCGGAGACUGGGGAGCUUUUGCUGGCUGAUGAUCAUGAGAGGAGGUUCUUUGAGGCGCCUUGGUUGCAUCGGUAUAAGGGGACUUAUUAUUUCUCUUAUUCGACUGGUGAUACCCAUUUCCUCGCUUAUGCUACUGGUUCGUCGCCUUGGGGUCCGUUUACUUACCGGGGACGGAUUUUGGAUCCGGUUCUUGGUUGGACGACGCAUCAUUCUAUUGUCGAGUUCCAGGGGAAGUGGUAUUUGUUCUAUCAUGACUGUGAGCUGUCGGAGGGUGUCGAUCACUUGAGAUCUGUUAAGGUCAGGGAGAUUGUUUAUGAUGAUGAAGGUGCGAUUCAUCUUGCUGAGGAACAGAAGCCUCUGUGA